AUGAAGUUCUCAUCGGUCUUGCUCACAGUAUUUGCACUUGCCGCCAGUGGCUUGGCGGACAAGACAUGCACACCCAGCUUUGACUAUUGCUCGGAUGUCCUGAUCAAGUCUCACGGUUUCACUGAAGCUGAUCUUAAGGAGGCCCUCGAAGGCAGCGACUAUGAGAAGGAGGAUCUCAAGAAUAUUCUGUUCCACUGCAAGAACCCCGGUAUUGUUGGACAUCCCAAGCUUUGCUCGAGCGGUUGCAAGGAUUCGGAGCAGGAGGGCAGCCACCACUGCGAGGGGUAA